AUGAAGAACGAAGGUAUGCUGGCCAGGAAAAUCCAUCGGCGGGUGCACACUGGUGAGAAGCCCUAUGUCUGCUCCACCUGUGGCAAGAGCUUUACGCAGUCGUCGGGGCUGCAUGUGCACCACACCUGCAGCGACUGCGGCAAGGGCUUCACCCGCUCCAUCAGCCUGCUGUACCACCAGCGCACCCACACCAGCGAGCGCCCCUACACCUGCGCCCAUUGCGGCAAGGGCUUCAGUAAGAUCAGCUGCUUGCUGUCCCACCAGAGCAUCCACACUGGCGAGCGCCCCCACACCUGCGUCCAGUGCGGCAAGGGCUUCACCCGCUCUGACAGCCUGCUGUCCCACCAGCACACCCACACCGGCGAGCGCCCCCACACCUGCGUCCAGUGCGGCAAGGGCUUCACCCGCUUCACAGGGCUGCUAUCCCACCAGCGCACUCACACCGGCGAGCGCCCCUUUACCUGCGUUCAGUGCGGCAAGGGCUUCACCCGCUCCACCUAUCUGCUGAACCACCAGCACACCCACACCGGCGAGCGCCCCCACACCUGCGCCCAGUGCGGCAAGGGCUUCACCCGCUUCACAGGGCUGCUAUCCCACCAGCGCACUCACACCGGCGAGCGCCCCCACACCUGCGCCCAGUGCGGCAAGGGCUUCACCCGCUCCACCUAUCUGCUGAACCACCAGCACACCCACACUGGCGAGUGCCCCUACACCUGCGCCCAGUGUGGC